AUGAAGAUAUCUUCAUUUAUUUAUUUUCCAUUAGAUUCAUCUAAACAUUCCGUUUCAUCUAAAAUAAAAAUCCAUACGGAUAAUGAACCAUGUCUAAUAGCUUUUUGUGAACGACUUUGCUUUGAAAUGACAACUGAUCUUGAUGAAACAAGAUUACAAAUAUUUUUUCUACCAGUUUAUGUUUAUGUCGAAGAUCCGCAUAUUGUAAGUUUACCACCUGAACGUGAAACACUUGAAUAUGCUUGGCAAAUGGAAAUUAUACUUGGUAAAAUCUCAGCUCGAUUAACAACAAUUCAAUUAGAAAAAACCUUAGGUUUUGUUAAAAAUUUUUAUUUACAAAUAAUGGAAGAUGAAUAUACACUUGGUCGUUCACCAUAUAUUGAUAAAGCAAAAUGGAUUGAAAAACUUAAAUAUGAUGUACUUAGAUUUAGUUUAGAUUCAAUCGAUCUUAAUCUCAUUGAAGUUGAAAAUGUUGUUAAUGUUCAAAUAGCACCUAUUCGUUUAUGUAUGUGUAAUAUGCAUACAUCAUUAUGUAAUGAAAGUUUAACUUUAAAAGUUGGUACAAUACAAAUUCGACAAUUAUUACGUCUUUAUCUUGGUUCAUGGUUAGAAACUGGUUCAAUAAGUGUUCCGGAAUUACGUAUUAAUGCAAAAUUUGAAUGUCAUCCACCAACACCUGCUACAAUAAAUGAACAAUUAGAAUUUCUUCGUCGACAUGAUCAACAUUCUCAACGACUACAUUUUCUUUAUAAUCCUAAAUCUCAACAAACAUUAAAUAUUCCAACAAUAUCAACAAAUUUAAAACGUCCAUCUUAUGUUGGUUUAGCAACAAAUUCUAAUGUAUUAUCAUGUGCAUGUCUUGGUGGUUCAACAAAUUAUUAUACACUUGUACAAGGUGAACAAUUUUUUAAAAGUACAUUUCGUCUUAGUGAUCAAUCAUCAUUUGGUCGUUCAUUAUUUCAUCCGGAGUUACAUGUUUUACAUUCACAUUUUAUAUUUGAACAUAAAUAUAAUUGGACUAAUUAUGAACAUGUUAAUCGAUUGCAUGAUGAAUUAGAUGAAGAAGAAAUUUUUUAUCCAUUUGAUUUUUGUGGUCAACAAAAACAAUCUACUGAACAACAUCAAAAUAUAAAUAUAAAUGAUAAUCUAUUACGACGUAGUGUACCAACAGAUUUGUAUUCAUUAUCACGUGCUACCUCAUUAAGAAAUCUAAAACAUAAAUCAGUUAUUGAACGAAAUGAACAUAAACGUUCAUCAUCAUCAAUACCAUUAAAUAAUAUAAAUAUGGUUUCAUCACCAUCACCGCAAACACCAGGAAGUGAUGAUUAUUUAACACCUAAUGAACAUUUAUCAUUAACAAGUGCAAGUCAAACAAGUUUAAGUUCAACUUUAAAUAAUACAAAUAAUAAUAUGGAAUCAUCAUCAAUAUCAUCAUUAACUAUGAUGCAACAACAAUCAUCAACUUUAUCAUCACCCAUGCAUUCAGAUUUAAAUUUAUUUUUAACAUCAAUUGGUAAUAAACAAAAUCUAUCAACAAAUUCAUCACGUUCAUCAUUAAUUGAUUCAUUAACAGAUCUAGAAGAAAUACUACAAAGACAACAAACAAGAAAUAGUUGA